UCUCUCCAUCAUUCACCAUGGGUGUCACCAAGACUGUUCUCGCUGAAGGCAACGGCCAGCAGUUCCCCAAGCCGGGCGAUGUCGUGUCCAUCCACUACACCGGCUGCCUCUAUGAUGCUUCCAAGCCCAACAACAUGGGUAAACAGUUCGACAGCUCCCGUGGCCGCGGUGUCUUCAAGACCGCCAUCGGUGUUGGCCGUGUCAUCAAGGGCUGGGAUGAGGGUGUCCCCCAGAUGAGCGUUGGCGAGAAGGCCGUCCUGACCAUCUCCCCUGACUACGGCUACGGCUCCCAGGGUUUUCCCGGCCUGAUCCCUGCUAACUCGACCCUCGUUUUCGAGGUCGAGCUCAUGGGCAUCAACUAAGCGUCUCACUUGGUUUGGGAUUGAAUCGUGAAAAAUGAAAGAAAAACGGCGGAUCCUGUCGAUUUUUUUUAGAUCAUUGUCGCUCAGCGUCUUUAAGCAAUGAAGGUGUAAUGUCUCGGGCUGGUUGAAUGCUGGCUGUGGA